GAAGCAAUUCGCCCUUCCCCCUGUUCACUCGUGCUGUAUAGAAGGGAAGGGCGUGAGGGAAGAAGCAUUUCUGCUACUGGCUGACGGAUGGGAGGGGCGAGAGAGAAGGAAGGGAGGCAGCAGGCAGCGCGGGGGCGAAGAUGCCGCCAGAGCCACCGCAUUCCAGGCUCGCUUUCGACGCGGCAAGAACAAGGAAGAAGAAGAGCUCGCCGUUGCUCGACCGUAAGCCCGCAUCGGCCUCCCGCCUGGUUCAGACGUGCUGGGUGCUGUUGGGAGUCAAGCGGCCAGCAGCCUCCGUGUGUGCUUCAUCUCGUGUUGCUAAAGGAGAUUACAGCAAAAUGAGCCUUCACGGUGCUAGCAGUGGUCAUGAAAGAUCACGAGAUAGACGUAGGUCAAGUGAUAGAUCACGUGACUCUUCCCAUGAAAGACUAGAGUCUCAGCUUACUCCAUGUAUCAGAAAUGUUACUUCACCAACAAGACAGCACCAAGGAGAACGUGAGAAGGAUCAUAGCCUGUCUCGACCAAGCAGCCCUCGUCCUCAGAAAACCUCUCCAAAUGGUUCUAAUGGCAGUAGAAACAGCAGCCUAUCAAGUUCGGAUGGGAGUUGCAAGAAUUCUGGAGAAAUGGUUUUUGUGUAUGAGAAUGCAAAAGAGGGAACUCGCAAUGUUAGAACUUCUGAGAGAGUUACACUUAUAGUGGACAACACUCGAUUUGUUGUUGAUCCUUCUGUUUUUACUGCACAGCCAAAUACAAUGUUGGGCAGGAUGUUUGGAUCAGGAAGAGAACAUAACUUCACACGGCCAAAUGAAAAAGGGGAAUAUGAAGUAGCUGAAGGAAUUGGCUCUACUGUGUUUCGUGCUAUUCUGGAUUACUACAAGACUGGAGUGAUACGUUGUCCUGAUGGAAUAUCUAUACCUGAACUAAGAGAAGCUUGUGACUAUCUCUGUAUUUCAUUUGAUUAUAGUACGAUCAAAUGUAGGGAUUUGAGUGCUCUUAUGCAUGAAUUAUCAAAUGAUGGUGCUCGGAAGCAGUUUGAAUUUUAUCUUGAAGAAAUGAUACUCCCACUGAUGGUAGCCAGUGCUCAAAGUGGAGAAAGAGAGUGCCAUAUUGUGGUGCUAACUGAUGAUGAUGUGGUUGAUUGGGAUGAGGAGUACCCUCCACAGAUGGGGGAAGAGUAUUCCCAGAUUAUUUAUAGCACAAAGUUGUACAGGUUCUUCAAGUACAUUGAAAACAGAGAUGUGGCGAAAUCAGUUCUAAAGGAAAGAGGACUUAAGAAGAUUCGAUUAGGUAUAGAAGGUUACCCCACAUACAAGGAAAAGGUCAAGAAGCGGCCUGGAGGAAGGCCAGAAGUAAUCUAUAAUUAUGUCCAGAGACCUUUCAUAAGGAUGUCAUGGGAGAAGGAGGAAGGGAAGAGUCGGCAUGUUGAUUUCCAGUGCGUGAAAAGUAAAUCUAUUACCAAUCUGGCAGCUGCUGCAGCAGACAUUCCCCAGGACCAGCUGGUGGUGAUGCAUCCCACUCCUCAGGUGGAUGAAUUGGAUAUUCUGCCCAUUCAUCCUCAGCCCAGCAACAGUGAUAUGGAUCCUGAAGGACAAAAUGUACCUCUCUGAUCCAAACUCUUGGUUAAACAAAAGCAUGCUAUUAUAAAAAUGAAGAUGCUGUAAUGAGCUCAUACUGCACUGCAAUUCCAGCUUCUCUCCAUUGUGUAAUGAACAUAAAAUGUUUUAGGAUUUUGCAGUACGGACUUAUAAAAGACCAAAGUGGGAUCUGAUUAUGGUUUGUAGGAGUACAUGUGUAACAUCAUGAGGUUCAGUUACAUACCGGCAUUUGUUUACCAGUAAGUAGGUUUUUGUGGUAUUGGUUAUAUGGUGGACUGUCCUCAUCCUAAGGCUCUGUCAGAAAUAGCAGGAGUUGGAGACUGAGGUGAAUUCAGUAUUUUGGUACACAAUGAGCAAAAUGCAGACUUCAAUUUGGUUAUGGCACUUUAUAAAUGGUGGGUAAAAAUUCUCAAAGCCAUUUUUAUAGUCCUGAUGCACAAUGUUGACUAACAGAGUGCUCCUUUCAGAGACUUUCUAUUCAGCUAAAUGUAAAUAGUUUGUUCUGAACAGAGGUGAUGAGCCUACUUGACUUUGUUCUCUUGUGGAUGAGCACAAUAUUCUUGCCACUGGGGCUUUUGGGCUAUGAUCCAAAAGCCAACUUUUUUCAGAUUUAUUCUGUGAAGGGAUUUUUUUCAUGUUUGAUGUGAGCCAUGUUCAUGGGACAGGAAAACUGAUAUGGGCUUUAUAUUAAAAAAUUGCCUUACCUUAAAUCUGUUCACAUAAAUAUUUAUUUACUGAGAGUUUUUUCAUAUGCCAUGGAAUAGGAAAAUGCAAUGUUCAUUCUUCACUUAUUAACUGAUUGUAAACUCAAGUUUUUCAUUCAAAUAAAAAUUUCCAUUAUUUUAA